UCUACGGACCCGACCAAGCAUCAAGAGACAGGAGGCUGAGAGGUGCGGUGGUGCUGUGGCGAAGAAGUGAUGCUGAUUUCACGCUGAUUUCACGCUGAUUCCGAAUCCGAUCACGUGACGGGCAUACAGCCUCAUCUGCGACCUCUCCAACAGAACAACGUUGCGAGCCUUGGCACGAUCGUCCCCAACCGUGGCAGCUGAAAAUCAGGGCAAUGCCAAAAUGUCAAGCGAGUGGACGAAUCACCGAGAGGCCGCCGCAAGGAGUUCCUUAAAGGGCAAGGCUGGAGGCUUGCACAGCCCGCUUGUACCGCUUCUUCUUGCUUCUGGCCUUGCAGCGUCGAGAUCGGUGUCGGCGCUGGCCCCGCCCCGAGAGCACUGGCUGCAGACGACUUGUCCCAGUCCAGAGGCUGCGUGCGUAAUCCUCACGGCGGCCCAGCUUGGCAGGCUGACGGCUACGGCAGUGCGGCGGCCAGGUUGGAGCAGGCUGAGGCAUGAGGGAGGGAGGCAUGAGGGAGGAGGGCAAGGGAGAGGGAGAAGACGAGGACAUCAGUCGACGAUGGAGUGGGCGGACGUGGCGGUUGUGCUGGCACAGCUGGUGCUGAAACCGCGUCUGAGGGACGAAGGAGAGCUGCUUCAGAUUCAAAACGGCAUUUAUUACAUGCUCCGGAUGCAUCGCCGAUACCAGCGGGGCAGACGGCAUCUCCGAGCAAAAGACCGGCGGGCCGAAGUUCACACGGGCUUGGGGUGCUGCCAGUGGCCCAGGUAUUUUUGGUGAGGACAUGCUCAGCCACGAUGAAACAUGCUCGUCCGUCUCCUUUCUCCGCCUGCCCCAAAACCCGCCCUCGCCCUUGCCAUCUCUAACCACGGAUUCUCUCGCUGCUUCGACUUCUACACACACUCGACAACCUCCAACUCACCCAUACCGCCCUCUAUCACCGCCCUCUAUCACCGCUGUCACCACUUCCAGCGCCUUGGAACG